UCGGCGCGUAAAACUCUCCGUUGCGGAUUUUUUCUUCUUUUUCUUCUUCUUCUAUAUUGAUAUUAAGUCAAGUGCCAAGCCAACCAUGCUGUGCUCCGUCAGUGGAUGAUGCUUUGAGAGACAGUUGAAGACAUAAAAGGGAGAUUAACAGGGGGGGGGGGGAGAUCCAGAGUUGAAAGAUGUCCGGAGAGGGCCCGCUGGAGCGUCUCGUCGUCACCGAGGAGGGAGACGCGGCCGAGAGGGUCGGCGAGGCGGAAGAGAACACGCAGGAGAGGCCGAGAAGGCCACACAAGAAGACCCUCAAGAGGACGUUCGGAGGUUGAACCCCUCGGAGUGUUGCUCCCAGAGCCAACGAGAGGAUCCAAAGAAGGCAAACCGGUUAACCCCCGACUUCCCGGAGGCCCUGUACGAGCUGCUGUGCACCCUGCAGGAGGGGAGACGGCUCAACGACCAGCGCUGCUCCUUCAAGCUGGAGGGGGGGAUGAGGAUGAGGAGGUGCCACUCGGAGCCCAACGCCUCCAAGCCCGCCAACAGAGUCGUGUUCUCCUCCAUGACCUCCCUGCAGAAAGAGGAGUUUUUCGAGCUGGUGGCCACGGCUCAGGCUCGCCGGCUGGAUGACCAGAGGUCGCAGCUGGAGAAGUCUCAACCCCCGAAGCCCAAGUCCAGAGGCUUCCGAGGCAGCUUGAAGCAACUCUCUUUUGCCAAACGGCCCGCGCCGGUUCCCGUCGCCGUGCCCAAGGAGGAUCUGUACAACAUGAUCCUCGCCACGCAAGCCCAGGGCAGACUGGAGGACCAGCGCAGCAGGGCUCCUGGUCCCAUGGACGACGAGGACUUCUGUUCCCUGCUCCUGAGGGUCCAGGGGGGACGCAUGGACGAGCAGAGGACUGAACUACCCGGCAUGCUGCAAACCUGAGGGGGGGGGGGGGGGGGCACACGUGGGGCGACGGUGGGAGCCAUCCAGUAUUGUAGCCUUUUUAGUCUGGUUUCUAUUCAAAUAAGUGUGUUGUUGUUGUUGUUGAUGAUGAUGAUGAUGAUGAUGCAGUGUUGGUCAGUGCAAAAAGAACGCUCACGUUUGAGCUUUUAAUAACGAGAUUUUUAAGUUUACUGCCAGUUCGUCUUUUACUUUCCUUGCAAAUAGGA